AUGAAUUUUUCUGCACAUAAUAUCUCAUUUACAGACUUCAAAUUUAAUGGUUUUUACAGUCUAGGAGAAUGGAGGCCUUUCUUAUUUAUCCCUUUCUUUCUGAUGUUUUUAUUAGCUAUCACAGCAAAUUCCAUUCUUAUAUAUUUAAUCAUAAGCCAAAGGUCUCUGCAUUCUCCUAUGUAUGUACUAAUAGGUUUAAUGGGUGUUGUAGACUUGCUCUUGCCUAUAUUUUUUGUACCUAACAUGCUUCUUAGCUUUUUGUUUAAUUGGAGUGGGAUUUCUCUAAUUGGUUGUUUGACACAAAUGUUUUGCCUUCAUUUUGUUGGAACAUUUCAAACUACUUUGCUUUUUUGGAUGGCACUUGAUCGUUAUUUUGCAAUAUGCAAACCACUUUAUUAUCAUAAAUACAAGGAAAUCUGUAACUUUCUAAAGUUUGUUUAUGCACCUCUAAUCAGAAAUGGACUCCUGAUUAUCGCCAUUGUCUCUCUAGCUGGAAGACUGUCAUUUUGUGCAACAAAUGUCAUUGAUCACUGUUUUUGUGAGCACAUGGCAUUGGUUCAGUUAGCAUGUGGAGAUAUAUCAAUUAAUAACAUUGUAGGACUAUUGACUGUUUUCCUUGUGCCAACUGCAGAUUUUAUUCUCAUUACUGCUUCCUAUGUUGUGAUUUUUACCUCUGUUUUCAAAUCGGGCAAAGCUCACAUGAAGGCCUUAAACACCUGCAUAACCCACUUAAUUGUCCUGUCAGUUGCUUUGAUUUCUGCCUUGAUUGCAUUUCUAUCAUACAGAAUAAGAAACAACAUUUCUUCCAACAACCGUAUAGUUAUAAGUGUCAUGUACUUAUGUUUUCCAAGUUGUUUUAACCCAAUAAUCUAUGGAUGGAGAACAAAAGAAAUAAGACAUGUGUUUCUGAAAUUUAUAAACCAAAAUGUGUUUUCUUUAGAAAAAUGA